AUGGCAUUCCUCGACUCUUUCGAACCGUCCGAUCAGCAAAGGAUCAUUGUCGUGCUUGUGAUUACCGUCUUCAUUAGCAUCGCCUUUUACAAUGUCCUCGAACUUACCGCCUCGAUCUUUACGUCGUUCAAAAAGUAUUCGGGUUUAUAUUUUUGGAGUCUCCUGAUCGCGACAUGGGGCAUCGCGUUCAACGGCACCGGCUACCUCUUGAUGCACCUAUCGCUAACGACGGAGUCAAACGUCUAUGCCACGCUCAUUCUGAUCGGCUGGUGCUCUAUGAUCACAGGCCAGUCGGUUGUGCUAUACUCGCGUUUGCACAUUGUGAUGCACCACCAGAGACGCCUACGACUCGUGCUAUACAUGAUCAUCGGCAACGCAUUGUGGCUCCACCUCCCAAUCAUCGUCCUGGUGUACGGCACAAACUCUGCAAACCCAGAGCCGUUCCGCAACCCCUACGUCAUCUAUGAGAAGAUACAACUCACCGUCUUCUUUGUGCAAGAACUCAUCAUAUCUGGCCUCUACGUCUGGGAGACGACCCAGCGUCUCCACCUCGAGAAGAGCAUCGGCCACAUGCGCACCCGGAAGAUCAUGAACCACCUGAUCUGGGUGAACGUCCUGGUCGUGCUUCUGGACGUGACGAUCUUGGCCCUCGAGUUUACCAACCUCUUCAACAUCCAGACGGCCUGGAAGCCUCUGGCAUACAGCAUCAAGCUGAAGCUGGAGUUCAGCAUCCUCAACCAGCUCGUCAGCCUCCGGCAGGGCGGCGCCAACUCAAACAGCAGCUUCUACACGCGGAGCCAGAGGCGGCCUGGGAACGACGUUGCGAUGGAUACGUUCCAUGGCGGGCGGUCGAGGCAUUUCACGGCUGCGGAUGAGCCGGAGUAUGAGAUCCGUAUCGGGAAAGGGGAGGUCAGGGAUUCGAUGCCUGCGCCUCAUGCGUAUCCUACGAAGACGACUGAGAUCACGAUACACACAGAGGCGAGACCUGGCCACGGUUCGCGCGACAGCGACGAAAACAGUCUAGGCAAGGAGAGGGAGGGGGACGUAUGCUCGACAUCCUCGGAAGUUCAUUUUGCGAGACAUUAG